GUAGAUUACAACCUGCGCGGCAACAUUUACAGUUCGUUAUUAUCUAUGGUUACUGGGCCCACCAGAGAUGAACUACUCAGAUAUCGACAUUAAGUUAAAGAGAGGUCGACUAUGUCGGUCGAUGGUUAUUGGUUGCGGUAUAAUAAACACCCCAUCAGGUAUGGACAGCAAUCCGGGGCUAGAAGCUCCGAACCGUGGAUCACCUUCAGCACAGCCCAGUUAUGGACCUCAGGAAAUACCACCAACGCCAUAUCGCUUUACGAAUGAGGAGCAGCGAGUAUUAAGAAAGUGCAAUCGGGAUAGUUUUUACCAGCGUUGCAUCCCAUUUGCAAGCAUCCUGGGUAUUGGAACUUAUUAUGGAGUUCAGUCAGGCUACCUGAAGCCACAUGCCCGCUGGGGUGCAGGUCCAAAAAUUACUGUUGCAGUCGUAGUGGGCUACUUCUUAGGUAAAUUUUCCUACCAAUCAAAAUGUGCUGAAAUGCUAAUGCGCCUGCCUAACAGUCACCUAGGGGAAGUACUUCGCCAGAAAAAAUUGAAGGGGAGAUUCCAGGAAACAAUGAUGAUGGAUCCAAGCCUGUCUCUGCCUCCUUUUGGUGAAGUUGAGACUUAUUCGGAUGUUGGUCCUCAUCAUGAAAUUGACAUGGACCGGCCUUAUCAGAAGGGUCUGGAUGAUAUUCAGCGACCUGCUGUGGAUUCUCCUGUACUUGAAGGUGAAGGCCUCCCAGCAGGAGUGCAGUCUCACUCAGCGACAUAUGAGGAGUUACGUAGGAAGAAUAGGGAAGAGUAUGUACAAAAGAAAACCAAGCAGUUCAGAGGUGGCAUAAGCCCUGAAGAUGUUCCCACUGUAAUCCAACCAAGAGAACCUGCCCCAGAUACAACUCCACGUCCUCCAGCAGCUUGGAACCGAGAAAAGAAUCAAUAUGGUGAUGUGUGGGACAAAUAGCACCAAAGGCAGAUGACUAGUGAAGCAGACAUAGAUUGGGUGUGAUUUCAAGAAUGAAAGGACUGGAUUUACAUUAGAAACAUUUUAAAAUAUAUUCUGUUUUUCAUGUGCUAUUGUAUGUAGGAAAAACAUGUAAAUACAAAAUCACAUGAUGACACCUA